GUCCUGUUAUAUCGAAGUUUGUGACUGCAUUUCGUGAGCUUGGUAGCUAUAAGGAACUUCUUCGCUCUCAAGUAGAGCAUAUGUUGAAUGAUCGUUUGACGCAGUUUAUGUCUGUUGAUCUACAUGGUGUGAAGGAGGCCCGUCGACGCUUUGACAAAGCUUCUCAUUCCUAUGAUCAGGCACGUGAAAAGUUCAUGUCGUUAAAAAAGGGCACACGAGAGGAUAUUGUUGCUGAACUAGAAGAGGAUCUGCAAAACUCAAAGUCUGCUUUUGAGAGAUGCCGUUUCAAUCUAGUAAAUGCCCUCACAAAUAUUGAAGCAAAGAAAAAGUAUGAGUUUUUGGAAUCUUUUAGUGCCAUCAUGGAUGCUCAUCUGAGAUAUUUUAAGCUGGGGUACGACUUAAUGAGCCAGAUGGAACCAUUCGUUCAUCAGAUCUUGACAUACGCUCAACAAUCUAAAGAAUUGUGCAACAUAGAGCAAGACAAACUUGCAAAGAGGAUACAAGAAUUCAGGACCCAGGUGGAGUUGGACAAUCUAAGAGCAUCCAGUAAUGUGGAGACCUCAACAAGUGGUGAUGGUAUUCAUGGUAUCAGUUCAUCGUCUUCUUACAAAAAUAUAGGAGCACUGAUGCAUUCCACAGCAAAUGGGGAGGUCCAGACGAUCAAACAAGGAUACCUCUUAAAACUUUCUUCCAGUUUGAGAGGAGAUUGGAAGAGGAGGUUCUUCGUACUUGAUAGUCACGGGACUUUGUUCUACUACAGAAACAGUGGUGAAAAGCCGGCGGGUUCUCAAGCACAACAAUCUACUGGGGCACCCGAGCAUGGUAGUCGCAUGUUUGGUAGAUUUAGGGCCAGGCACCAAAGAGCAUCAUCAUUUAGUGAAGAAAGCAUUGGCUGUCGUACUGUUGAUCUUCGCACUUCAACAAUAAAGAUUGAUGCAGAGCAUUCAGAUUUGCGACUAUGCUUCAGAAUAAUUUCGCCAUUAAAAACAUACACAUUGCAGGCUGAAAAUGAAGCAGAGAGAAUGGAUUGGGUUAAUAAAGUCAGAGGCGUUAUUGCAACCCUUCUAAAUUCUCCUUUCCUAGAACAGCUUCCUCCUGGACGAAAGGAUAUAGACAGUGACAGCUCAGCUAAUGGUGCUGGGUGUGAAUCUUCAUUACUGGAUGGCUAUUUAAUGUUAGAAGAUGACAUGAAAUUCAAAGGAAAGGAUGGUGUUUCCAGGAUUCUCAGAGAAAUUCCUGGAAAUGAUUUUUGUGCUGAAUGCAGUGCUUCUGAACCUGAAUGGGCGUCUCUAAAUCUUGGAGUCCUGUUGUGCAUUGAAUGUUCAGGUGUACACCGAAAUCUUGGAGUUCACAUUUCAAAGGUGAGAUCUAUAAUACUAGAUGUCAAGGUGUGGGAGCCUACUAUCCUGGAACUCUUUCGUGCCCUGGGUAAUGCUUAUUGUAAUUCUGUGUGGGAGGAAUUGCUUCAACUUUCAGAUGAAAGAAGUGAUGAGUCAAAUGCAGUCUUGUUAUCUGUUACCAAACCUGGCCCCGAAGAUUCUAUUUUGAAAAAGGAGAAAUAUAUUCAUUCAAAGUAUGAAGACAAACUGCUGGUCAUCAGAGAAGCUAGUGGACCUGAGAAUUCUUCCUUUGCUACCCGCAUUUGGGAAGCUGUUAAAAAUAAUGACUUAAGGGCAGUAUAUCAUCUCAUUGUGACUUCAGAAUUUAAUAUCAAUACCAUCUAUGAUGAAGUUGAUGGUGCUGAUCUUUAUCAUCUUCUUUGUACACCGGACUCACAUGACGGUUGUCAGACAUUGGGGGAAAACCAACCUGAUCCGGAGGCAUGUGAUAGUAUUAAGGACUCCAGUGAGCCAAAAAGCUUCCUGCAGGGAUGUACCUUGUUGCAUUUAGCCUGUCAUGUUGGUGAUCUUGUGAUGCUCGAGCUGUUGCUGCAGUUUGGUGCUGACAUAAAUAUGCGUGAUUUCCAUGGAAGGACUCCCCUGCACCAUUGCAUUUCAAAAAGAAAAAAUCUAUAUGCCAAAUAUCUUCUUAGAAGGGGUGCAAGCACAUCAAUCAAAGAUGGUGGGGGCCUAACUGCACUGGAGCGAGCAAUGGAGAUGGGAGCAAUUACUGAUGAAGAGCUCUUCAUUUUACUUUCUGGAAGUCCAUGAAAUUUGAUCUGUUCCGUAAGUGGUACCGGUGGUCAAGAGUGUUCUUACCCCUCCAUAUAAGUCACUGAAUAGGCUGUGCUACAUUGUUGCAUCAAAAACACUUCAUUGCCUGUUCAUCUCAAGCAGAAUACCAAUCAUGUACACAAGAAGAGAGUUGCAAGAAUCUGUGAGGCCGUAUGCACAAUCAAGUCCUCACAAUCUCCUGCAAUAUAUUUAUUGCCACUAGGAAUGUUUCAAGAUGUUGGAGGCCAGUGGUGUGUGUGAUGUUGAUUCCCGAUUGUUUAGGUUUUGAACUUACAAAUACUAAUGCUUAGACAGGAUCUUAUUGUAAUUGAAAUAAUUGAUUGAUACAAAAUAUUAUUUGAUACAACACAACCUAAAGCUGUGGCACCUGUAAUACUGUUUCUUUCCCGGAGACUCUCAGAAUAACUUUUUGGUUGCACAAACUAAAGGGAAUGAUGAAUUUUGCUCGUACCAA